AUGCAGCUGGUGGAGGAGACGAUGAGGAUGGUGGAGGAGCACCAGGAGGAGGAGAGGAGGAAGACUGCAGGAGGAGAGGGCGGGGGAGCGGCGAGAGCUUGUGUGCUCUUAAUCCAUGAGGCCACGUUCGACUCGGAUCAACUCGAGCAUGCAAAGAGGAAGCGACACAGCACAGUAGGGGAGGCCAUCCAGGUUGGCGAGCAACUUCGAGAGCGGCUGAGGAGGAGGAUGGGGAUGAGCCGCCUCUGCUACGGCACCAUCCUCUCGCACUUCAGUCAGCGCUACCCCAACAUCUUCUCCCUCGAUCUCACUGCCGGGUCUGCACCCUCGACCACAACAAUCGCAGCCGCUGCCACUACCACCACUGCUGCCACUUCCUCCUCGUCCUCCCCUCCUCUAGCUGUCCCUGUCAUGCUUGCCUCCGACGGACUCUUCCUGCCUCUGGAGUUCGAGAGGAUGCGGCAGGAAAGAGUGUUCGAUCGCUCCGCCCUCCUACUUGACAGACUGGCCAAAGUGAAGGAGGCGAUGAAAGACAGCAAGGGAGAAGGAUGA